AAAACCCUAACAAGUGACCUCAAAUUUUUCCUCAAGUUAUUCUCCGUCGUUCUUUCACUUCUCUUUGGUAUCGUGAGGUGUAUUCCAAAUGGCAAAGAGAUUGAUUCCACUGUUCAAUCGUGUUUUGGUGGAGAAAAUCGUGCCUCCAUCAAAGACCAAUGCUGGCAUUUUGUUACCGGAGAAAUCCUCCAAGCUGAAUUCCGGGAAAGUUAUUGCUGUUGGGCCUGGCAUUCACAGUAAGGAUGGGAAGCUAAUUCCAGUGGCUGUAAAUGAAGGUGACACUGUUCUUUUGCCUGAGUAUGGGGGAACUGAGGUGAAGCUUGACAACAAAGAGUAUCAUCUUUAUAGAGACGACGAUAUUCUCGGGACACUGCACGAUUGAUGUUAAACUCAUUAGCAGACUGAUGUUAAACUUGUUGGCAGAUGUUGCUGUAGUAAAAUUUAUAUGCCUGGUGUUCUAUUACGUUUGGAUUAAACAAUUUCUUUCUGUCUAAGUUUUAUUAGAAAUUGUGGAGCCAAGCACAUUUAAUUUUCUUGACCGACAUCGAAUCAAUAGCGUUAUUUUCUGCUAUAACAUGAAAACUACUUUGUUGCUCAUAAAAUGUAUUGUCUUACAUUUUUCA